UAUCUUUAUAGCAUAUGACCAAGACGGGAGGUGGACACUGACUCCUAAUCGGUAAAUUACUGAAGUGCCGCUUGUUGGUUGAAGAACACCACCUUCUUUGGUGCCAAGACAGGGCAUACCAAAGGCCUAAGUUGGAGCUUCCGGCCAAGAUCGCGACCAUCUUUGUCGUCAACAACCAUGUUCACUUUCACGCCGCUGCUGGGCGCGCAGUCUGAAUCGGCAGCUUCGCAGUCGUUGUUGGAACUGGAUGGAGGUGUCAAGAUCCUUGUCGACGUCGGAUGGGACGAGUCCUUGGACGCCGACAAGCUCGUCCACAUUGAGCAGAACGUGUCUACAAUCUCGCUCGUCCUUCUUACACACCCUACGCUGAACCAUCUGGGCGCGUUCGCGCAUUGCUGCAAACACAUUCCGCUAUUCGCAUCUAUCCCCGUUUAUGCUACCACCCCCGUCAUCUCUCUCGGUCGCACUCUCAUCCAAGAUCUGUAUGCUUCCGCCGCCCAUCAAGCCUCCAUUGUACCCGCCUCCGCCCUGGCAGAGUCACUGUCCAAGUCGCAAGUGCCUGCCAACUUCCUACUCCAACCUCCCACCGCCGACGAGAUUGCCUCAUAUUUCUCCUUGAUCAACCCUCUCAAGUACUCACAACCUCACCAACCGAUUCCCUCGCCCUUUUCUCCUCCUCUGCAAGGCCUCACCAUCACUGCCUAUAACGCCGGUCACACUCUGGGUGGAACCAUCUGGCAUCUUCAACAUGGCCUCGAAUCUAUCGUCUACGCCGUCGACUGGAAUCAGGCGAAAGAGAAUGUUUUGUCAGGUGCCGCUUGGUUGGGAGGUGCAGGUGGAGGUGCUGAGGUUAUCGAACAACUACGCAGACCCACUGCACUAGUCUGCAGUACAAAGGGUGCCGAUCGUUCUCACCUCGCUGGUGGCCGCAAGAAGCGCGACGAUGCUCUUCUCGCUCUGAUCAAUCAAACAAUCUCCAACGGUGGUACCGUGCUCAUUCCCACCGACUCUAGCGCUCGCAUGCUCGAACUGGCUUACAUUCUCGAACACCACUGGCGACAAGGUUCCAAUGGUCCAAACCAAGAACUCUACCGUAACACAAAGCUAGCAUUUGCUGCCAAGUCCGCUUCCGCUACGCUCAGGUAUGCUCGUAGUAUGAUCGAAUGGAUGGAUGAUGCCAUCGUACGUGAAAUGGAGGCUGCUGUCCAAGGAAAAUCCGAAAACAACCAAAGAAGCCAGACUGGUCGUGAUGAGGACACUCCCUUCGACCUGAAAUAUCUCAAGCUUGUCGAGAAGAAAACACAGCUACACCGCCUCCUGGAUUCUGGAAAACCUGCUGUCAUCCUGGCAAGUGAUCGAUCGCUAGAAUGGGGCUUCUCCAACGAUACCAUUCGCAAGAUCUGCAACGACCCACGGAACCUUGUGGUGUUGACAGAACGAGCCGCAAACCCAUCGCCGAAUAAUAAGGGUAUCGGCCGCUUCUUGUGGGAGUACUGGCGCCAGCAGGUCGAAUCACGAGAUGAGGACGCGAACAUUGUCGAAGUUUCGGGUGUAGAAGCACAAGUACGCCAUCUGGAUGUUGCUCGCCUCGAAGGAGAUGAAAACCUGCUCUACCAACAAUACCUCGCUCGACGACGUCAGAUGCACAGCACUUUACAAGGCGACAACACUCUCACAAAAGAAAACGCUGCAGAAUUGGCUGAUGACGGGUCGUCGGACAGUUCUGAAUCUUCUGACGAGUCUGAGAACGAGCACCAGGGAAGAGCACUCAACAUCUCUGCAACCAUGACACACAGGAGGAAGGUAGGCCUGACAGAUGCUGAGCUCGGUGUCAACGUUCUCUUGCGACGCAAAAAUGUCUACGACUAUGACGUGCGGAACAAGAGAGGACGUGAAAAGGUGUUCCCCUUUGUCGCCAAACGUGGGCGCGCCGAUGACUUUGGUGAAGUAAUCCGACCAGAAGAGUACCUGCGUGCGGAAGAGAAGGACGAUACAGAAGGCCAGGACGCAGCCGAAGCCAAGACGGAAACUGCUGUUGGACAAAAACGCAAAUGGGACGAAGUUGCACCCCGCGCUAUCCAGAACGGACGACCUGGCAGAUUUUCCGACAAGAGGAACAAACCUGAUGACCGCGACGCUGCAAACUCAAGGUCGUCAACCAAUCAAGAUCACGAUAUGAAUGGCGAUGCGGCGAGCGAGUCAGAAGAGUCAGACUACGAGCCCGAAGAGGCGCUUCCUGAAGGACCCCUCAAAGCUAUUUUCACCGAGGAGUCGUUACAACUGAACGUGAGAAUAGCCUACGUGGAUUUCUCAGGUCUACACGAGAAGCGUGACUUACAGAUGCUUAUCCCUCUCAUUCGACCAAGAAAGUUGAUUCUCGUGGCUGGAGAAGAGGCGGAGACAUUGGCACUGGCCGAGGAUUGCAGAGUCUUGCUUGCAUCUGGAGAAGGAAAUGCUGUCGAUAUCCUCACACCUAUCAUCGGCGAGACUGUCGAUGCCAGUGUGGACACGAAUGCAUGGACGCUCAAGCUUAGUCGAGAGUUGGUCAAGAAGCUUGCCUGGCAGAACGUCAAGGGGCUCGGCAUUGUCGCUGUCACUGGUCGUCUUGAAGCCGUACAGAAACUACUCGCUGAAGCCAACGGUGAUGAAGCUAUCAAGAGGAAGAAGCAAAAGAUGAUCGAGGGUGGCAAUGCUACCGAGGAUGCCGAGACCGUAACAGAGCCAGUCCUCGAUGUGCUGUCGACCAAUCCAGCAGCUAACAAUCAGAUCACGACACAACCACUGCACGUCGGCGAUCUUCGUCUUGCUGACUUGCGAAAACUGAUGCAAGCAUCUGGUCACGCAGCAGAGUUCAGAGGCGAGGGUACGCUGUUGGUUGACGGUGUUGUCGUCGUCCGCAAGACUGCCAACGGAAGAAUUGAGAUUGAAGGAGGCAACUAUCUGGCUACUGCAAACCGCCGUGAAGGCGCGUUCUUUGCAGUAAGGCGCAAGGUAUAUGAAGGCUUGGCCGUGAUCGCUGGUGGUUAGAGAAAAUUCUGCAGUAAGAUACCCAAAUUCAUUAUUUCGAAACAACAAGAGCAUGAACGCACCAAAAACACGUGCUUGGGCACGCAAUCACGAUCAGGUUUAAUUCUUGGAAGUCGCGACCCUGUGAAACUCCGGCGCGUGCCAAAGCAGUUCAAGCUCCUGAAGAUUGACCAAUAUAAGACAAGCAUAUGCUUCCGCAACCACUCACGCUCUGA